AUGAAGACCUGUGGGAAUUCUCUUGGGAGGAUCCUCGGUAAGAGAGUAGCUGAGUUAGAGAAAAAACUCAAGACUUUGGAGGUAGCUGGUCUCUGGACGUUACCGGCUGGGUCAGGAGCUGGAGCUCGGAAUGCAGCGUUUCUGGCCAAAGAGAAGCAGAACAUGGCAUCAGGGUUGAAGACCCUUCUUCCACACCAAGUUUCAAGCAGCAGCGAUGACAGCCCUAGGAGUCUGGAUGGCAAUUUGAGUCAAGGAUCCUCUACAAGGUCAACCCCUCACAGUACACCCUCUCAUGGCAUCAGCCAUAAAGAACUGUUGAGAAAGGACACGGAAGACAGCCUGAUCUUGCUGGAAGAGACAGAUGGAACGGCUGAGGCAACAGAAUCACGGUCUAGGUCACAGAGCUCCCCAACCAGACAUGACCAGGUUGGGGUUGAGCUAACCAGGAGAGACACAGACAGGAAUUUGGUUGCAGUAGAAGGUCAGAAGACGUUGGUGAAAGUCAGAUCAAUGUCACAAGACUCUCCAUCCCACCGCUGCCACCAAACUGAUUUGGUUAAGGCAGAUACUGAGAAUAGCCUCAUCACCUUGGAAGACAACCAUGAAAAUUUUUUAGGAGAAGACUCAUCAAGUGAUCCUUGGCAGGUUCCUCCAGGAGAGAAAAGAACAAGUGAAGAUGAUGAGGGGUCAGGAAGAUGUAUCGAUAUCAACGAAAGGGAUGCGUCGGGCGGAGGAGACGCCCAUGGCAAUGUCAACGCUUCAGCCGAGAGAGCGCUGCUCAAGAACAUCUUUGAAAUCGAGCGAGGACGCGCAGAUGGAAGCGAUGACCAUCUGGACGAUGUUACGUGCAAUGGCAGCAACAAGGAUGAUGAGGAAACCCUGGAUGAUCUGGAUGCAGCGAUAGAACCUGAGGAUCAGGAGACAGAUCUUCAGGAGGAAGGUGACAAGCUCAUGUCAUCCUGGAUGGAGGCGGAUGGUGAUCCAUCUACCGGGGCGACCAUCAGUACCAGUUCCCUUGAGAACCUCUUUGACAGUGUGGCUGACCGGCUCACGUUGAAGAACAAAGAGAAGAUACAACUAGAGAGGACAGAAUCCACUCAGCCGUCAUCACCCCUGCUCAAAAGAGAUAAACCUACACAUCUUGUGGUUGUAGACAAUACUCCUCAAUGUGUCUAAAGUCACAUUACUUCAAUCUUCCAUUAAGUGUUGCAUUAAUAAAAUGAACAUUGCUGAAAUGUCAUCGAGUUGUUGCUCAAUUCUGAUAUCCUGUAUUCAUGCAGAUGAUAUGCUAUAAUGUUCGAACAAAAUAUGUUGUAGGACAAUCACUUUUUAUUUGAGUAUGUUUAGUUAGGGUUUGUAGAUUAUUUUCUUGAAAGGGAUAUUUAUCAAUUGAAUUCAUACAGAAACUUGACUAAAGAACAGGCUAAAUGGAAUUAGAAAAUAAUAGAAAGUUCACACAGCUGGGAGCUAUCAAGCUAUUCUUUUGAUAAAUUAUUACAAAUAGUCUUGUUUUAAUUAUAUUUUAUCUCUCUGAUUUAGAAUGGUUCUAAACUAUCGUAUACAUUAGCUUGUAUUUGGAAAUGGUUCACACUAACAUUGAACAGAAAUGCUUGACCCAUUUCAGGUGAGAUAACAUGAAAGCAUCAUAGAAUUGAUUGAACCUUGUUGAAAAUUUAUCCGAUAAUGAUUAACAUUUAUCUGUAGUGAAGAAUAUUUUUGUUUGGUGAAAAAUAUUUCUAGUUCUGAGUAAUGCUUUUCAUAUGAGCAAUUACUUUCUUUUGCAGUGUAUACCAUGUUAAAAUAGCUAUAAGAAAUAUUACUUCAGAGGGUUUGCAAUAAUUUUGGAAACAGUCUCCACAGACAAGCACAAAUUAAUCAGUUUCGUAUAAAUUACUUUGCAAAUCUCAUAUUCUAAGAAAUAACAAACGUGCCAUUUUCCAGUCAAAUUGCAGCAUGACAUCAGCAAGUAUAAAUUGGCCAUCGAUGAAAUGUUAGAUGAAUUAGGACAGGCAAUAAUAGCUCCUAAUACAUCGAAAACGUCUCUAAGCGCUUUAAAGCCACAGCACACCUUACGACCCGACUGGUCUACAACUGGUCUGCGACUGAGUGAGUGGAGAUGAAUCGCAAGGUAGUCAUAAGCCUUGACACCGCACACCCUGCGAUCCAACUACCAUAUGGUCUGCGACUCGCGCAUGCACUUUUUGCUUUUUGCCAUAGCAACUAAGAACAUGGCGCUUACUUUUUCGUAUGCGCGUUGUAUAUCAUGUACGCGUCAUGCAACUGUGCUGUCUGAUUGGCUGAAAGUUGGAUUGAGCUUGCGAUCCAGUUGUAAGGAUUCAACAUGUCAAAUCCUUCCGAUUUUCCUUGCGAUUUGUCUAUGACCGGUCUGCGACUCUCAAGCUGACAAGAGCUGUGACAUCACAUUUCCCCUCACUCGGUCGCAAGCCAGUUGUAGACCAGUCGGGUCGUAAGGUGUGCGGUGGCCUUUACAGAUGUAUUAUUACCCCGAUCAUCGGGUCCUGGCAUGCCCGCAUACAAUGUAUGCACCUUCUCCACUCCCUGAGGAGCAUUCCAACAAGAGUUCCAAGACUCAAUUGCUAGGCAUACUAGAUAGGUUUUCGCAUCCUACCGGGUACCCAUUUAAUACCUGGGUGGAGAGUGGCAAAUUGUGGAUUGACGCCUUGCCAAAGGAUGCUAGGCCAUGGUGGGAUUCGAACACAUGACCCUCUGAUUACAAGGCAAGAGUCAGAACCACUACACCACAACGCUUACACAGGGUUCACUUUGACUGUCUACAAAUGCAAUAAAGAAUCAGACCAAAAGGCAUCAAUCCAUAUCAGGAAUUUUUUUUGGGGGGGCUACUUUUCAUAACUUACUGCCUAAAUCUACUACAUUGGAUAAACUUUAACAUUGCAGUGAAUGGGGGGUUUUCUGGGGCUCUUUUGAACGUUUCGGGGGCAAAUCACCUGAGCCCAUGUGUAAUUUUUUCCCCUGAUCCAUACCAUUUGAUCAGGGUCAACUAAACUGAUCAAAUUUCAUUGAUUUAUAAUCAAACUUUGCCACAUUGAUAUCUGAGGGUUUUUUUUUUUCAUUCCGACACCAAUUUUUAAAAGAUCCGCAAAUUUAAGGGAAUAAUUCCUUGAAUCAGUGGAGACAUGGUACUUUUGCCCAUAAUACAUGUACGUUGCCCAAAAUCUACAAAAAAUGAGAACAUAUAUUGACAGCUGACGUGUUACUUGCAAUGUAUUGCUAUUACCAAGCAUUGUUUUUUAGCAUUUGUAUUCUUGUUAAAUUCAGCACAGUGCCACUCUUUAUUCUUAUGAUUAUUUGCCAGCAUUAUUAUUUCGUGCAAUAGGAUUUAUUUCAAGUUCAACUGAAAUGCUUUAUUUGCAUUCUAUGGCCCGUAAUCGAAAGUCGGAUCUAGUUUAGACCGAGGUUUGAUUAAACCCGAUUUCAGAAUACGGGCCUAUGACUUCCAAGGUUUUCAGCAUAAUACAAAAAACGGUACAUGUACAUGCAAUUUUGUUGAUUACGUGUCUUUGUUUUAUUGGCUGCGGUAGUAAAAAAGUAAUUAGUAAGUUUAUGCUCUUGUAAUAUGCCUCAUAUGAAUAUUGGUCAUUGUUAUGAAAGUUUGUAUUGUUUAUCUUUACAAAAUAUAAAGGAGUUUGUUAUUAAUGUUCCUGCAUAUAUGAUAUGUAAAUUUAGCUAUGGAAGUUUGUUUAAUGCAUUUAGUUCCUUAGAUUUAAAGGGAGGUCAGUUAAUUUGCUCAUUACAGAUUGGUAAUGAUAUUAAGUGAAUCAUUGUGUUAUGUGUACAAGGGCAAAAAUAAUUGCUAUGAUAUUUUUAUUAUAUAGGUUCGUUAUGGGAGCAGAUUUCAAUUUCAAACAUGUACGUAUGAUGCUGCAUAAUGAUUUUUAGCUGGGCUUAUUUUUCUCCUUACAAAGUGAUGAUAACCUUGGGGCCUACAUAUUGCAGUGUUAUGUAAAGAUAGCUGUUGUUAGAAAUUGUUAGUAAAGACAUUCCACACAACAUAAAUGAAUAUCUGAAAUACUGAUGAUUAUAUUGAAGAUUGUUGUUUUCAGACAGUAAAUGUAUUCAAUUUUUUGCCAUUUGGGGUGGGGGUUCAUGUAUUAAAUCUUUUAUUUAUGAAGAAAUAUUGAUUUGUUCAAGUUUUGGUGUGAUGAGGAUCCUCAUCUAUGGCAAAGUCCAUCCUUUCCCUUUGGACCAUUCAGCAUCCCAGGAGACAAUGCUUUUGUACAUGCAUUUCAUUGAGACAAUAUAUUAAGUGAUCUUAUACGUAUUAUUCACUUUUCUUUCACAAAGAGUGAAUAUCAUGGAUGGUUUUACACAAGCAAUAUACAAGUGUUGUUAAGUUAAACUUGGUUUUUCUCAAAAUAUAAUUUCUCAGUGGCUUAUUUCUAUUCAACAUUUCAGAUGACACAACAAUAAAAACAGGAAAACAGUUCAUUAGAGUGUAUCAUCCGUGUCUGACUACAUGUAUUGUAGAAAUUUUCAUUUAUUUGUGCAAUAUUUUAAUAUAACUGCCUUUAUUGUAUUGGUGAUUUUUUUUUAAAGUAAUUUGUAUUUGAGAAAUGUAUAUUACAUUAACUAGCAAGAUUAUGAUUGUAUUAAUGACUGGCUUUAUUAUAUGGUUGAUUUUUUUUAUUCAGUUGAUAUUUUUUCUUAAAAGUGUUGUAUAUUGCAUUAGCUAGAGAGAUUAAAAUACCUAUAUUAUUUUUUUUAUUUCGAGUUAUAUAAUUGAAAAAAAUAGUAUAUACAUGUACUUCAUUAUAAUUCGCAUUGAUAGUAUUGGCUAGGUUACUCAUUUCUGAAAUGGGAGCUUGAUAUAUAUCAUUCCACUGGGCGUAAUACAACAUUAGAAUAAUUAUUGAUAUUAUAUAUAUAUAUAUAUAUAUAUAUGUUUACAUCAUUUUAAAAGAUAUAUUGUAAUGUCUCCUAUCAUUAAGUUAGAUAUGAUUUUUAUGUAAAUUCUUCUUAGAAAUAUGUUAUAAAACUUUUUGAAUUAAAUUCCGACCAUGAUUCAUAAUAUUUAUUCUUGCUUUGCCAUACAGUAAACAUAGUCAAAUAUUCUCUUUUAUGCUUUGUAUAUGUAAUUGUUACAGCGGUAAUAUUGUAUAAUGAAAAAUUGUAGGAUAAGAAAGUUUAUGAAUGUGCCACCCCCCCCCCCUUUAAAAAAAAAGAGGGAACGUAAAGGGCAAAAGUCAUCAAAAUUUUGUUAGAAAAACAAACUUGCCGAUUUUCAAUAAGUUCAUUAUCCAGAUAUGUUGCUUUUUAUUAUUAUUAUAUGUUAUAAAUAGGUAAUAAAAAUAAAUCCCCUUUUUUCAUAUGUUGCUAAUUAAAAUUAUUUUACAGACAAUACAUAAUAGUGUAUUUAACUAUAUUACAUUCAAAAUAUUUACCUGGAUUUUCAAAUUUAUAUGACAAAUAUGACCUGCAUGAAUUGAUACACCAUUUUUUUUGUGCUGGUCAUAAAAUAUUUGACCUCAAGAAUUUCUAUGCAUGACAUUGUCCAUAAUUCAUGCAAUAGCUGCUAGAUAUUACUAUUUCUUUCUUCUUAAAUUGGAGGGGAAAUGCGUAUGUGUAGAGAGUAUUUCUCAAAAUUGCUGUCUAUAUUUCAGGGGCUACCAGGUUUUGUGUAUUUAGUGGAAGUAUUUGCGAAUUCGACAACCUCUAUUAAUUGACUUAUAUGUAGAAUAAUUUACAAAGGUCAAUGGUAUUUCAAAAAAAGUGUAAUUUUUUUAUUUUAACCACACAAUAUCUUUUCGUAAUAAAAGCAUCAGGUGAAUUCCAUGUAGAAUAUUGCUGCCUUCAUUGUUAACCACUUUAUUACGGCUUUAAAACUAUGGGAAUUUCAACAAAGAAAUUGGAUUAUUUCAGUUGUUGUUUGUUUUUGUUUCCUAUUUUUUUCUUUUGUUCAAAAAGUAACCACCUUGAAUAUUAUUUCCCCAUCACUUGUAAUUCUUUUGUGCAAUAGUUUUAGUUUUGUCAUCUGUCUUUCAGAAUGAAUUUUCACUUAUAUGUUAAUUGCUACUCUGUGAAUGUUUGUCUUUGAAUAAUAAGCUGUGUAACAAUCACCAUACUAGGUUCAAGGGGUAUAUGUUGUUGGAAUAAAGUGAUAUAAUAUUUGCUGAUAAAUCUA